UAAGGCCAGUCAUCUAAGAAAAAAAAAUUCUAAUAAUGUUGGAUUAUUUUUAGUUUGUAUCAACGUGUCAAAUACUAUAUGGAUAGAAGUAUCUCCCAGUUCUGGAUAGAAAUGGUCUCCACUUACUAUAUAUUGAUCAUAAGGUUAUGCAUCAGAUAUACACUGAGAAAUGGCAACUAGACCUGGAAUUCUCUCCGACUGGCCAUGGCAGCCUCUUGGGAAAUUCAAGUACGUGAUUUUGGUACCAUCUGUGCUUCAUAGCGUGUAUUCCUUUGCAACCAAGGAAGAGAAUGAGAGAGACCUUUUCGACUUCCUUGUAUUCCCAUUUCUUCUCUUUAGAGUUGUUCACCACCAAAUCUGGAUUUCUCUCUGUCGAUAUGUCACGGCCAAAGGGAAAAAAAGGAUUGUUGAUAAGGGCAUUGAAUUCGGGCAGGUUGACAGAGAAAGCAAUUGGGAUGACCAGAUCCUACUAAAUGGAGUUUUGUUCUACGUAUGGAAUAAGGCAAUGCUAAGGGCAUAUGACCCUCCCUUGUGGAGAACAGAUGGGGCCAUACUUGCACUUCUACUCCAUAUUGGCCCUGUUGAGUUCAUCUACUAUUGGCUUCACAGGGCGUUGCACAACCAUUUUCUCUAUGCUCGAUACCACUCCCAUCACCAUUCUUCCAUUGUCACUGAGCCAAUUACUUCUCUUGUCCAUCCAUUUGCGGAGCAAUUGAUGUACUUUUCGCUCAUGGCUUUACCUUUGAUGGGAAUGGUAUUAUCAGGAACAAUUUCCAUCUUAGCUGCUUUUGCCUACAUAACUUACAUUGACUUCAUGAAUGACAUGGGACACUGCAACAUUGAAUUCAUCCCACAAUGGAUCUACACUGUUUUUCCCCCUCUCAAGUAUCUCUUGUAUACACCCACGUUCCACUCUAGGCAUCAUACUCAGUUUCGAACAAAUUAUUCACUUUUUGUUCCAUUGUAUGAUUACAUCUAUGGAACCGUCGACGAGUCUACUGAUGAUGUUUAUGAAACUUCACUCGCAAGACAAGAAGAGUCACCUGAUGUUGUACAUUUAACUCAUUUAACCACAGUAGAUUCUAUAUACCACCUGCAGCUUGGAUUGGCUUCCAUGGCAUCCUACCCCUAUAAACCUUCUCAAUGGUACCUGAUGGUCAUCAUGUGGCCGGUAACAUGCUGGUCUAUGAUUUUGACUUGGGUUUACGGUCAUGCCUUUGUUUCAGAGAGAAACGCCUUUAAGAAACUCAAACUACAAUCUUGGGUAGUACCUAGAUACAACAUGCAAUAUUCAUCAAAUUCGCGUAGAGAAGGAAUCAAUAACUUGAUUGAAGAAGCCAUACUAAAAGCUGAAAAGAAAGGAGCUAAGCAUGAAGAACUUAACAUGAAUGGAGAGUUGUACAUCCAAAGGCACCCUCAGCUUAGAAUCAAGAUUGUAGAUGGAAGCAGCUUGGCAGCUGCCAUUGUGUUACAGAGCAUUCCUAAGGAAACAACCCAAGUAAUACUUAGAGGGAAGCUUUCCAAGGUUGCUUCUACCAUCGCCUUUGCUUUAUGCCAAAAGGGUAUUCAGGUCAUCACAGUGAAUAAGAAUGAAUAUAUGAAGUUAAAGCAAAAUGAGGAGUUGGGAACUAAUGUGGUUCUUUCGGAAAGUUACAAUCAGAAGAUAUGGUUAGCGGGAGAUGGACUGACCGAGAAAGAGCAGCUGAAAGCGUUGAAAGGAACACUAUUCAUCCCAUUUUCACCUGUCCCACCAAGAAAAGUGCGUGAAGACUGCUAUUACCACGCUACACCAGCCAUGGUGGCUCCAAAAUCUCUUGAAAACCUUCACUCUUGUGAGAAUUGGCUGCAAAGAAGGGUGAUGAGUGCAGCACGUGUGGCCGGAAUUGUUCAUGCUUUAGAAGGGUGGGAUGUUCAUGAGUGUGGCAACUCUGUCUUCAACACUGAAAAAGUUUGGGAAGCUGCUCUUCAGCAUGGAUUUCGUCCUUUGACAGUUCCUGACUAAUAAGCAGGCUCGGCCUAUCGUAUAAAUAAAAGCAUCAAUAAAGCAGCAUUUGCUAGCUGAAAUUGUAAGAUAGUAUAGUGGUUUGAAAUUAAAUGUUAGCUGUUUCU